UUCAAUGGUUGUCGCGGAGUCGGAGGGAAAAACGUUAGCAUGCGAUGAAAUAACGUAACUUACAGAAUAAAACAAUUAAAAAAACUCAGACUAUACCAUCUGAAUAGAGGAAGUUCUCCAGGCGAGGGGAAGGAGCUCCGCUAGUUUCCGCAGGUCUUGGUUUAGCCUGGAGUAUCCGCGCUGAAGAUGAGUGGUGCCUCAGAUGCCAACAAAGAGUUUACGGAGCAGCUGCGGCUGCAGGAGCUCUACGGCCAGAAAACCGGGGCCGGCCCUGACCCCUACACCUACACCGACCCAGAGGACGGGACUCCUUACGACUGGGACCCUGAGAAGAAGGCCUGGUUCCCUAAAAUAACAGAGGACUUCAUCGCAGCCUACCAGGCCAACUACGGCUUCACUAAGGAUGGAGAACAGGAUCCAAACAAUGCUGCAGUGAGCAGCACUGGUCCAGCAGCCCCUAAAACAGACAGCAAGCCCUCAGAAAAGCAGAAAGCAGGAGAUGCCACUCAGAAUCCAGACGAAGAAGACACUGCAGCCAAGGAGAAAGGGGAGAAGAGGAAAGCAGAGCAAGGAUGGUUUGAUAUUGAUGACAACAAAAACACCAACGUGUAUGUGUCAGGUCUGCCCCCCGACAUCAGCAACGAAGAGUUCGCCGAACUAAUGACUAAGUGUGGAAUUGUGAUGCGGGAUCCCAUUACUGAGGAGUACAAGGUCAAACUCUACAAGGACAAAGAAGGAAAUCUGAAGGGAGAUGGCCUCUGCUGCUACCUCAAGAAGGAGUCGGUGGCAUUGGCUAUGCGUCUGAUUGACGAGUCCGAGGUCAGAGGUUACCGACUCCAUGUGGAAGCCGCACAGUUCGAGCUGAAAGGCCAGUACGACGCCAGUAAGAAGAAGAAGAAGAACAAAGAUUAUAAGAAGAAGAUGCAGCAGCAACAGAAACAGUUGGACUGGAGGCCAGAGAAGAAAGGAGAAUUGAGAAAGAGGCAUGAAAAAGUUGUCAUCAUCAGGAACAUGUUCCAUCCCAGUGACUUUGAGGAAGAUCCACUGGUGCUGAAUGAGUAUCGUGACGAUCUGCGGUCUGAGUGUGAGAAGUUCGGGGAGGUGAAGAAGGUCAUCCUCUUUGACAGACACCCAGAUGGCGUGGCAUCAAUCGCGUUCAAGGAGCCCGAACAAGCCGAUGCAUGCAUUGCGUCGUUCAAUGGUCGCUGGUUUGGAGGAAAGCAGCUGUCUGCCGAGCUUUGGGAUGGAACGACAGACUAUCAGGUGGAAGAGACGACACGAGAGCGAGAGGAGCGACUGAAGGGCUGGUCAACUUUCCUGGAGACGGACGAACAAGGCAAGAAGAACAGCACCACCACCAAACCUGCAGAGAUGGACACUGCCACAGAACCUACAGAGCCCUCCGACCCAGCGGAGCCCAAACAGCACCCGGUGACAGCAGAGCCCAAACAGCACCCGGAGACAGCAGAGCCCAAACAGCACCCGGAGACAGCAGAGCCCAAACAGCACCAGGAGAAAGCGGAGCCCAAACAGCACCAGGAGAAAGCGGAGCCCAAACAGCACCAGGAGAAAGCGGAGCCCAAACAGCACCAGGAGAAAGCGGAGCCCAAACAGCACCAGGAGAAAGCGGAGCCCAAACAGCACCAGGAGAAAGCGGAGCCCAAACAGCACCCGGAGAAAGCGGAGCCCAAACAGAACCCGGAGAAAGCGGAGCCCAAACAGAACCCGGGGACAGAACCACAACCGGAGAAGGACCUGGACUCCACAGACAGCAGCAUGGCAGGAAGCGAUGAUGAAGAAGCUUAGUUAUUUACAUGCACAACUUUGGUCUCCAUGGCAGCCAAGUAGGACAAUUGAGCUUGAGUGGACUGCUGAAAAUGUCUGUGUCGAUCAGGGGAGGAGCAAUGUGGACAGUAUGAGCUGUUUUGUUAUGUAGAAUAAUAAAAUAAUGAUUUUUCUCCUGUUA